AUGAGCAGCGGAACAGUCGCACAGCAAUCUCAAUCCGUGAAAGAUCAACGACACUCUCUCACCGUCUCCGAGCCUCCGGAACUCGAUGACUUCGGUCUUCCCAAACGACCUGUAACCCCAAGACUUGCCCCUCCUACCUCGGUCUCGGAUGACAGUGAAGAUGACACUGAUACCUUUCACGAUGCCGAGGCAACUACGGCUAGCCAAGAGGACGAUGAGCUAGAAAAGAAUCUAACUACGUCCGUGAAGAGAAAUAGCCAAAGGGCUUCGACGGAGAAUAGGCCGCCAACACAGGACGGUAAGCCUGAGCCAAUUGUACAUACAGAGCUGCCGACGAAGUCCUUUCCAGCACACAAUGCUGACAAGCCUCUGGACAUACCCAAGGAGUUCCCCAAGGAGGCGGUCAGGGAGGCACCCAUAGGAAAAGUAGAUCAUGAUGCCUCAAACCCCUCGAACGCUCCGGAAACCACUUCAUCCGCUUCGUUUGACUCACAACCUACUCCGUCGCCGGAUGAAAACGCACCUCCUACAAGUCCAAAUUCGCAGACAAUAGCAACCACGGCGAUAACGAAGCCACAGAACCGUACAAGCGGUCCCACCGUUUCUGAAUGGUCUCAUCAACGACAAAUUACGAAAGCCGAAUCUUCCGACGAGGAGGAGGUUGAAUGGCAGGCAAUGCCUGCCAUAGAUGAGUUCGAUAUAUUUGAUGACAAUGGCAGACUUAUCGCCAAAGGCAAUAAAGAGGAUGCAGAAGAGGCAAAUCCAUAUUCAGGAAUUGGUGGCGCUGGUAAAGGAUACACAAGGGUUCAACUUGAUGAAGAUGCCCAAUCUGCGACGAGUAUGGACGAUGACACAAACUAUUUGUUCAAGAACGGAUUCAAAGAUUCUUCCAAAGACUUGUCCAAAGAUGAAGGUCAUCUGGAUGACUUUGAGGACGAAGAGCAAAGAGAUGCCCUUAGUCAAUUGCAGGCAACCAAGGACCUUCUCACCGAGGGCCAGCGGAUAGCCUACGUCGGUGUUGUGCGGCUAACGAUCCAUAAGAUGUUUCAAGCCCUGAGUGCUAUGGAAUCUACUCGAGCUACCAAGAAGGAACUCGGCAGAGCGCUGGAGAAUAUGGAUAAAUGGGGACAAAAGGUCAUGGUCCGCUUAUACGCACACAUGGAAAUCAGUGUGGACGAACAGAUAAUGAUUGAGCAAUUGGCAGACCACGGUGUCCAACCUUCAGAUUUGAGCUCCCCUUUAAUGCUCAACGCAAGAAUAAAGAAUCCCAUGGCCAAGGAAUCCAAAUCCGACUUAGAACCGCCCGCGGUCUCAAGCGCUCGCAAUUCUACUUCUUCUCGUCUUUCAACCCAAAUUGAUGAGGCGCCUCUAAAAGAGGUCACAAACGGAGAAGAAGUGCCUGAAGUUCAUGGUCCAGAAGAUAUGCCUCGAUCGAAACAGAUCGAACUGGAUUUGCGAUGGACUGUCCUUUGCGAUCUAUUUCUGGUGCUCAUCUCAGAUAGUGACUAUGAUGCUCGCUCCAGGAGAUUGCUAGAGAGAGUCGGUUCGACGAUGGACAUUAGUUGGGUCCAAAUCUGUCGCUUCGAAAAGAGAGUCAUUGAUUCUUUAGAGAUGCAAGAGGAAGAGGCCAAAGAAAAUUGGGACGAGUCAGACCAUAUGGAGCGCAGGAGAAAGCUAGGCCUGAAACGAAAAUAUGUUGUGAUGGGUCUUGCCACGGUGGGUGGGGGCCUUGUUAUCGGUCUGUCAGCAGGGCUCUUGGCCCCUGUGAUCGGAGCAGGUCUAGCAGCAGGCUUCACCACCAUCGGUGUCGGAGGCACUGCUGGAUUCUUGGGCGGAGUUGGUGGUGCGGCAUUGAUUACUUCUGGUGCUACACUUGCGGGAGGUACAAUCGCUGUUCGAGCAUCAGAUCGUCGCACUGGUCACGUCCAAACCUUCGAAUAUCGACCUUUACACAACAACAAGAGACUCAAUCUUAUUCUGACUGUUGCUGGGUGGAUGAAUGGCAAGGUUGAUGACGUUCGUUUGCCUUACAGUACCGUUGACCCGAUCAUGGGAGACAUUUACUCCUUAUAUUGGGAACCUGAGAUGCUUCAGUCCAUGGGUGAUACCAUCAAUAUUCUUGCAACAGAAGCCUUGACGCAGACAGUCCAGCAAGUUCUCGGAAGUACCAUCCUGGUCGCGCUCAUGGCAUCGAUCCAGCUCCCAGUUGUUCUUUCAAAAUUGGCGUAUCUGAUUGAUAACCCUUGGAGUGUUUCACUGGACCGUGCCAAUGCUGCAGGCCUCAUAUUGGCUGAUUCCUUGAUUGACAGGCACAUUGGCCAAAGACCAAUUACGUUGGUUGGCUUCUCGCUCGGCUCCAGAGUCAUUUUCUCGUGUUUGAGGGAGCUGUCCAACCGCGGCGCUUAUGGAUUGAUUCAAAAUGUAUACCUCUUUGGUUCGCCUGUGGUGGUAAAGAAGGACGAAUAUCUGCGAGCUCGUUCAGUGGUUUCAGGCCGCUUCCUCAAUGGUUAUGCCUCAAAUGAUUGGAUUCUGGGAUACUUGUUUCGUGCAACUUCUGGUGGAAUCAUGCGCGUUGCAGGUCUUGCCCCUGUUGAGGGUAUUCCUGGGAUCGAGAAUAUGGAUGUCGGGAAAUUCGUCAACGGACACAUGGCUUAUCGUACUGCUAUGCCAAGGCUGAUGCGAGAAGCCGGCUGGGAAGUCGAGAGCGAUGAAUUCACUGAAAUUGAAGACCCAGACCCUGAGAAUCAUGCAAAAAGACAGAGAGAGCUCAUUCAAGAGAUUGACGAGGCUCGGAAAAAAGCGGAAGAGAAACCAGAGAAGAAACGAUUUGGACUCUUCAAGAGAGGGAAACUAGCGGAGAAGAAAGGUUGGGAAACAUACAAUGCAAAUGACAGCCAACACAAGCGGACCAACAGUGGGAACGAUCCCAAAGACCCCUCAAAAGGAGAUCUCAAUGUUCUCUUUGACAUUGAUGCAAUUCGGAAGGAACUUGAAAGUGAGAUGAUUGAGGUGCGUGAACUGGACAGUACUCUGCCACCAAUGCAAAUCACAUCAUACACAAGAGACGGAGAAAAGCAAGUCGAAUACCUUCGACUCCCCCCAGAUCUCAAACCUGAGGAGGUUGCCAGGAUGAAUCUUCCACCUCGACCGGACGAUGUGGACGUCAGUGUUGGUAAUAUCAGACCAUCAAGAACAUCAUCACUACAGCCGAUGCUGCGGGCAUAUAGUCCCCAAAUAUCUCCGCGACUGAGCCCACACAAUUCUCCACGUGGAAGUCCACAUCGAUCAUUGAACGCCUCUCCCGAACCACAUCGGCGCAAAUCUUCUAGUAACAUAGAACCAAGAGAAUUGCCCAGCUAUCUACCACCACUGGCUUUGAGCUCGUCUACGAAGCUCGAGAGCCGACCUUGGGGUUUAGCCACAUCCACAGCCACUAGACCAGAACUUAAAUCGCACGCAACAGAUCCAUCUUCUACAGGGUGGAAUUCGACUUACGCAAAUCAUGGAGGUAGCACUCCCGCCCUCCAAGGAUUGAAUCUUGAACACAAUGCCUGGGCUGAUGACGACGAUGAUUUUGGCCAGAAGCGUGAUGGAAAUAUCUCCAUGACUUUCGAAUGA